AAGAUUGGACUAUAAAAGCCAAAGGGCCAAAGCACAUGAGUCUUCACUGAAAGAGGAGGGCUCUUCUUACCUUAAGGCUUUCAGGAGCUUUACUAAGCCCAUCAUGGGGGGUACCAAGCUCUGCCUUUUGCUGCUGCUGGGCACAUACACACUAGCCCAGCAAGAUGUGGGAAGUGUUGAGGAACAAUCUCCAGUUUGCUUUUUGGCCAAAAAAUUCAAGAACUUCAGGCGGUUUGUGUACGACUAUGAAGCUGAGACCUUUAACGGCGUGAAUGGAGCUACCGACAACAAGAGCGGCCCUAAAGUCUCCUGCAAAGUUGAGGUCGAUGUGCCCCAGACCUGUAGCUUCAUCCUGCACACAACAGAGUGCUCUCUGAGCGAGAUCUCUGGUGUGGAUGCAGAGGGGAACCCACUGUAUCGUCCUGCUGCUGGAGAUCAGGCUUUCAAAGCUGCCAUGGCAAAGAACCCCUUGAAGAUCACAGUUGAAGGACAGAUUCAUGUCAAACUCUACCCUGAGGAUGAUGAGCCUGUCAACAUCCUGAACAUCAAGAGGGGAAUUGUCUCUGCUCUCAUCGUGCCAGUAAUGGAAGAGGAGAUGAACCAAAAAAUGUCCACCGUGCAUGGAGUGUGCUCCACCGACGUCACCGUCAACACCAGGGAGGACAUUGCCACUGAUGUGACUGUCAGCAGGGAUCUUUCCAAAUGUGACUGGUUCUUUGCCCGCAGGCAGGACACCAGUCCCCUGGCCCUCAUCUCUGGCAUGCACUACCCUCUGUCCAAGAUGAUUAGCAGCACCCAGACUUGCAACUACAAGUUUGACAACCAGAAAAAGCACAUGACCAGUGGAAGCUGCACAGAGAAACACAUCUUCCUGCCCCUCUCCCACCAGAAUGAAUAUGGAAUUUCUGCUACGGUGAAGCAGACUAUGACUCUGAGGGAGACCGCCAAGAUCAAUGACAGAAUCUUUGACCGCAAUGAGGACAACCUCAGGUACUUGUCCUUGGAUGUUGCUGACGACAAGUCCCCUGUGCAGACCAAGGAUGCUGCCAUUGCCACAAUGCAGCAGCUGAACACCCUGUCACAGACCACUGAGGGCGAGGAGCGCGCCAGCCUCUUCCGCAAGCUGGUGUCUGAGCUGCGUGGCCUGAAGGUUGAUGUCCUGGGAUCUGCUACUGUUGAGAUGAUGGACAUGUCCAGUGCUCUGACAUGGCAAGCUCUGGCUCAGUGUGGCACCCCAGAGUGCACCAGUGCCAUGCUAAAGGUUCUCAGGACCUUUGACGAUGCUGCUCUUGAGGUUGAUGCUGCUGUCUACGCCCUGGGACUGCUGCCUAACCCCUCCCGCCUCAUGGUAAAGGACAUGCUGGCAAUGGCUCAGUACAAGCAGAGCAAACCUAUCAUGUAUGCCCUGAGCAAUGCAGUCAGGAAACUGCACCACGCUGAGGGCGUCACCCCCGAGAUCACUGCUGUAUCUGAGUUCAUGGCUUCCCUUCUCGGCGCAGACUGCGCUGGGGAGAAAGAUCUGACCUUCCUGACCUUGAGGGUUCUUGGUAACAUGGGAGAUGCAAUGGAGGCUGCUGACCCUGCUGUGAAGACCAUCCUGCUGAAGUGCAUGAGACAGCCUGCAACCACACUGUCUGUGCAGCUGGCUGCCAUCCAGGCUUUCAGACGUAUGUCUGUGACAGAUGAGGUUCGCUCUAACCUCCAGAGGGUCAGCCAGUACCCCAAGGGUGCUGUGCAGAAGCGUCUGGCAGCUUACCUGAUCCUGAUGAGGAAUCCCCAGGACAGUGACAUUGAGAUUGUGAAGAAGCUGCUUAAGCAGGAGCAGAACAUGCAGAUGAAGGCCUUUGUGACCUCCCACGUCUACAAUAUCAUCUCCUCCACUGAUUCAGAGACCCAGAAGCUCGGUAAGAAAAUAAUGGAUGCCCUGCAGGACACUGACAUCACCACACACAGCGACUACGCAACAAAGUCUCGCAACUACAAGCUGGGUAUGGCACAUGAGAGCAUGCUGGCCAACAUUCAUGGCAACAUUGUCUUUGAUCCAAGUAGCCAGUUGCCAAGGGAGGUAUUGCUGGAAACUACCCUGAAAGCUUUUGGUUUCAACAUGGACAUUUGGGAGGUUGGCAUGGAAGGAAGGGGCUUCGAGCCAACCAUUGAUGCUCUGUUUGGAAAGAACGGGUUCUUCCCUGACACUGUGUCCAAGGCUCUGUACUGGGCUGAAGACAAGAUGCCACCAAAGAUCAAAGAAGUUCUGGAGAAAUGGGUUGCUCCCCUGAAAUCAGAAGGACAGAAGGUUCCGGAAAAUCUUGUGAGAGAAAUUGUUCGCAACUUCAACAAGCUGGUUAAAGAUCUGCAGAGUCAAGAGUCCCCAGAGGCCAUGGCCUACCUGAGGAUCAUGGGAGCUGAGCUUGGCUUCAUCAAGGGCAACGAACUGAAGUCUAUUGCUGAAAACGCAAUGAUGUAUGCAGAGAUUUUCAUGAAGACCAUUCCUGCCUCGGUCGUGGCUAAACUGAUGUCCAGCACUGACAAUGAGAUCUUUGCCCAUUACAUCUUCAUGGACAACAAAUUCGUCAUGCCAACAGCAUCUGGCUUGCCUCUGACAUUUGCUCUGUCUGGCACCUUUACUCCUGGCGCAAAGGGAGGCCUUCGCAUGGCUCCAAACAUGAAGGAGCUGUUGUUCAUGCCCUCUGUUGGAGUUGAGUUUGUGACUCAGAUGGGAGUCCAUGUCCCUGAAUUUGUUGUGUCCACUGUUGAGAUGCACACCAACAUGUACCAUGAGAGUGCGCUCAAUGCCAAGAUCACCAUGGAGGAGAACCAGGUCAAGCUUUCCAUCCCAGCCCCACAGGGCACCACAAAGCUCUUCAGCAUCAGCAACAAAGUGCUGAUUGUGGGCACUGGUCAGGCUGCAAUGAUCCCACACACAGAGGGUGAAUCAAGCUGCAAACCUCUCUUCUCUGGAGUCAGAUACUGCACCAAAACACUUCGUGCUAACACUGGUGAUAAGACUGCUGUUCCUUACUUCCCCCUGAAUGGAGAGACUAAGUUUGCUGUGGACAUCAAGCCUUCUAAAGAGGUCUCUGAGUACACAGCCACCAUUGCCUAUAAACUCCUCAGCGAAGGAAAGGACGGCCGUCAGAAGGUUGAUUCUUUGACGUUGGCCCUCAGAGCUGAGGGUGAUCAACCCACCGAGGCGACAGCCACCAUGAAAUACAACAGGAACAGGAAUGUCUUCACCACCCAAAUCCAGAUACCUGACUUUCAUGUUGAUGCCGGUGUUAAGGUUGGAAUGACCGACAGCAGUGCCAAAGGCAAAUCCAUUAUCCUUGAGAUCUCCAACAAGAACGUGCCCCAGCUCUCUCUGAUUGGCCGUGCCAAGCUUCAGGCCAUGACUGAUGGCAUGCUGCAGGUUCAGCUGUUAGUCCCCUCACUCAAGACUGAUGCCGCCAUCACUGCUACCAUAAGCAAAGCUGAUGGACUCACCAUGCAGAUAAAAAGUGAUGUCAAGCUCCCCGAGACCUCCUCCAUUCAGGCAGUCACAUUCAAAUAUGGUGAAGACCAGGCUGAGGUUCAGCUGAUGUCCAACAUGAAUGCUGAUACUAAGAUCCUGGUGCCUUACACUGAAGCACUCCAGGCCUGGCUCCAGCAGUUAGUGGAGGAUGUCAUGGACCAGCAGGUUGUCAAGACUGACAUGAAACUGCGUCAUGUCUUCAACAAGGCAGUUGAGGCCAGCAAUAUCUGGAUGGACAAGAUCUCAACUGAUGUUCCCUAUGUUGAAACUCUGAGGAAUAGAAUAGCAAGUAUGGAAAUGCCCUCCAUGCCUGAAAACCUAUUCAUGAACCUUGAAAGCACAUUCAAAUACCAGUUCAACCAGGACCGUUUGUCCAUCAGCAUCCCUCUGCCUCUUGGAGGCAAAUCAAAUGAGGAAUUGAGGAUACCUCCAAUGGUCACCUCCCCACGCAUCUCCAUUCCUCAGCUGGGCAUGGAUUUUGCCUCGCAGGAGAUCCAAAUCCCCACUUUUACCAUCCCUUCUGAAUAUGACCUCACCCUGCCUCUGAUGGGAAUGAUGGAAGUGUCUUCCAAGGUCAACAGCAACUAUUAUAACUGGGAGGCAACAGUGUCUGCCGGUAACAACACAGCAGAGUCUCCUAGCUACUUGGCCAAGUUCAGCAUCCUGGCUGACAGUCCAAUCAAACUUCUCUCCUUUUCAACUGAGGGAGCUACAAAAAUCACAGACACAGCAGAGAAAACUAUGAAAUUCACCAUUGCUGGUUCCCUGAACCACAUUCUCAUGAACACAGGUUUUAAUGUGCUGGAAACCAUUGCUGUCACAGACAAUGUAAUGUCAACAGGAAGGUACAACGUGUAUGCCGUCGCCCCUCUGGGUCUGGACACUUCUCUGACUAUUAACACCCAGGUCGUCUUAGGCUCAAACAUGCUAUCUGGAGAUAUCAAAACAGACGGUAGUGUGUCUGUUGGACCCAUGACUGCUAACGCCACCUAUCUCCACACAUUCUCUGUCGAGCCAGCAAAGAAAGAAGCUAAAUUGGAGAGUACACUGGGGGUUAACUCUGAAAUCCUGAAGGUUGCGAACAAGAUCAAGGCAUCAUAUGCAAAUGAGGAACUUCGCAUUGAGUCUAAUACCAACAUCAACAGUAACCCCAUCAAGCACACCACCAAAAUGAGCCUUAGCUACAAGGAUGUCAAGCUUACCAUCCAGUCUGACUCUGUGACCAAGACUGAUGAGCGAAUGCUUCGUAGCCAGAUGGAGUUCUCUGCCUCUGGAGGACAGGCCAGCCUCAGGAUAGAGAAUCAAGCUGAUGACACAGAGAACCGCGCCUACUCUUUGCUCACUGGGUCCAUGAACCCAUCCAGCUUGGAGAUCAAUGCUGAUGCCUCCUUGAACAUCUUUUCAACCCUUGCCUCUCACAAGGCAACCUUGGCCCUGAACACGAAUGGCCUGACCACCAGCUGUACAACAACUGCUCAGCACAGCCCAAUGACCUUUGAGAAUGUUUUCCAUGGUGGAGUUGACGCCUCUGGUGCCACCAUGUCUCUCACCACCAAGGGAGCCAUUAAAGAGAACAAAGCUGAUCUCAAUGUUGAGGGAAAGAUUGCAAGCACAGAAGUGUAUCUCAACGGCAUCCUUAAGGGUAACCUCUUUGACAUCAACACCAGGAACAGAGUGAACCUCAGAGUGAAUGAAGAUGGCUUGAUCCUGUCUAACAACAUAGUUGGGUCUCUCAACGAGAUGAGGACUGAAAAUACCCACUCACUGUCUCUUACGCUGAGGUCUUUUACCCUCCGCUCCAAGACUGACAACUUCCUUGACAAGAGGAACUCCUAUAUGCAUGACAUCACAGUUAACAUGGAGCAGUUUACUGCCUCGGUUAAUGUGAAAAAUGACCUGAAGAUCAUGGAGAUUAACUUUGUGAAUGAUGCCCAGUUCAAGGCAGAGCCCUACAACAUGGAGCUGACUGGAUUAAUGAUGGGAGUCUUCUCAGAGGAAGAGCUCAAGCACACUUAUGAAGUCAAGUUUGUUGACAUGGUCCUCUCUGCAAAGUGCAAUACCAAUGGUAAACUCCUGGGAGCUCACAUGACACAUACCACUGAUAUGGAGGUUGCUGGACUGACCAUGAAGUUCAACAAUGUGGCUAACUUCAACUCACCAUAUCUUCGUGUGGAAAGCACAGUCAAAACUGUUGCUGCACCCUUCACUCUGAACAUUGAUGCCAUUUUCAACUCAAAUGGCGCAGUGUAUCUGUAUGGACAGCAGAGCGGUGAACUAUACAGCAGAUUCCUCCUGAAAGCAGAACCCCUGCUGUUCACACAUUCAUUUGAGUACAGGGCCUCAACUACCCAUGAACUGGAAGGCAGACCAACUAUCAAGACCAAUAUGGACAACAAGGUCAACAGCAUGCUGAGCCUCAAAGAGCAAAGUGUCACACUGAAGAUGCAAUCCAAAGUAAAUGAGCACACUUUUCAUCAAGAAAUGAGUGCCUAUAACAAUGCAGAGAGAAUGGGUGUUGAGAUGACAGGAGCGGUCUCAACCGUGGCCAGUCAAGAUUACGCCAUCUCUGGAUUUGUGAAAUAUGACAAGAACAGUGACAGCCACUUCAUCCAGAUCCCAUUCUCUGAGCAUCUGCCUGCAGUUAUUGACAACGUGAAGACCACAAUGAUGAGGCUGAUGGACCACAGCAUUGAGAUGCUGAAAUACAUCAACACCAAGUAUGAGAUCAGUGCCAAGUUUCAGAACAAAGUGUCAGAACUGAAGAAGGUAAUUGACAACUUUGACUUCAACCUCUUUGUCCAAGACAUAAAAAAGUUUAUCAGCUCAAUGGAAAACUUCAUGACCAACCUGACUUCCAAGUUCCCAACUGACAAAGUCAUUAAUAUGCUGAAAUCAAUCAAGGUCACUAUCAAGGCUUGGAUCCAGAAGCAUAACAUUCCUAACAACUUCAAUGUAAUUUAUACAAAAAUAGAGGAGAUUCUAUCCAGCUAUGAGGUUGAGAAGAUGAUUGGAGCCAUCAUGGAUGAGGUUGUUAAAAUGAUGAAGCAGUAUCAGGUGAGGGAAAAGAUUCACUCUGCAAUCGCUGCUCUCAAGUCAAUUGACAUCCAGCCAUUGCUCAAAAGAGUUAUGGUACCUGUUCAGGAGCUUGUGAAUGAACUGUAUUCCUUUGACUUGAAACAGCUGAUUGACGACAUGAGUGAGUAUUUCAUGAGAAUGGUCCAGAAAAUCAAAUAUUUUGAUUAUGACACAUUCACUGUGGAGUUGAAAGAGAAAGUGGCAGAUAUGAGCAAGAUUCCCUGUUUUGGAAAAGUCUAUGGAGAGUUCAGAGUUACAUCGCCUUAUUACAAUCUCAGGACCACUGCUGACCUGGAGAACACCACAACUACAUCAAUCACACCAGAGUUCAAAAUGAACUUUAACUCACAGACUACAUCUACUUUGAAAGUCCUUGACUUCACUGUGGAUGCUAGUGCUCAUUUUGCUGCACCCAAGAUGAGUCGCCUGUCCAUCUCUGAGAACAUCAAAGUUGACCAGUCAAGUUUUACACUUGACCACAAGGGAACAAUGACUCUCUAUGGCCUGUCAGCUCAAGCUUCUGCUGAAACUACUGCAAAUGCCAAAACUGAGCUUUAUGUUGCAGAGCUUGUCAAUAAUGCAUUCUUUGCCAUGGAAAAUGGUAUUUCAGUCACUGUGGAGACUGGUUACAAACAUGACCUCAACAUGCCACCCCUCAACAUCUUCAGUGAAACAUCAAUAAAUCAAAAGACCAUUUUGCUUCUUGAGGCUGGCACUGCCCGUCUGACCGUUAACAAUGUGGCCAAUGGAAAAUAUACAGUUCAGGACUUCUCAGAUGAGUCAACCCACAAGAGUGACAUGGAGGUGGUCAUGGAUCUCUACACAGCCAGAUUGAAUUUCACUGGAGCAACAGGCAGCAGCAACUUCAAAAUGAAUCAAAAUGUGGUUGCCGAUAUAUGCAUUUUACGGCACAUAAUUAUUGAUGCCAAGGUUGAGACAGAAACGCCUGUCAUGAAGGGCAGCGUUGCAGAGGUCAAGCUCCAGGCUAAGGUUGAAGACAUGAAAAUUGAUUUCACUGCCUCUCACAAUGCAAAGCUAGCUGGACAGGUUGAGGGAACUCUCUCAAACUCUGCACUUGCUUUGGUCACACCUAGUGAGUUUAUGUUUGACACCAAGAACAAGGGAAAUGCGAAGGUUGCCCUUCCAUUCAAUCUGUCUGGAAAGAUUGAUCUCCAGAAUGACAUCUCUUUUACUCUAAACUCUGACGUACAGCAAGUUAGCUGGACAAGUCUGGCUAGAUUCAAUCAGUACAAAUACUCCCAUUACUUCACAAUGGAUAAUGGUGACAGAGAAAUUAACAUAUAUACCCAGAUUAAUGGAGAAGCAAAUCUGGAUGUACUGAAGGAGCCUAUCACCAUUCCUGAAAUGACUGUGCCAUUUAUUGGUAUGAAGACACCAAGAGUGGAAGACUACUCGCUGUGGGAAGACACUGGCCUGAGCUACCUCCUGACCACAACUCAGCAGACAUUUGACAUGAACUCCAAGCUGAAGUACAUGAAGAACCCUGAGAUGAUCACCAUUGACAUUAAUGUGGAUCCAAUCAUCAAUGUCAUUAAUAACAAUAUCAAGACUCUGCACAAGAAAGUGCUCAUUGGAAAAGAUAAGGCUGUUGUCAUGCUGGCUACAUCUUAUGACAACGCAAAGGCAGAAUAUGAAAAAUAUAGCAUCGAGUUGCCCAAAACCAUUACAGUCCCUGCCUACAAGGUUCCAGUGAUGAAUGUCGAGGUGUCCACAUUCACCAUUCCCCUGCCAGACUUUAGUCUCAUCACAAUACCUGCUCUGCAUGUUCCAUCUGCCCUUAGCAAGCUGACUCUUCCAAAAAUCACUCUGCCCAAAAUUCAGAGUAUCAAGAUCCCCGUAAUGGGUGAUCUGACCUAUGAGUUCUCCAUGAAAACAGCAAUGAUCACGCUCAAAACUGAUGCCAGCAUCCUUAACCAGGACAGCAUCAUCAUCAAACUUGAUGCUUCCUCAUCCUCUGAAUAUGAGUUUCUGACUGGAAAGAUUGAGGGCAACACCAACGUGAACACAGUCGGCAGAUUUAAAAUGGCCUCUGUCCUGUCUGUAAAACAUUCAAUGCUAGAGGGAAACCAUGACAGCACCAUCAUCGUAAGUUAUGAAAAUGUGGAUACCUCCAUCACCAAUUCAGCAAAGGUCAAUCUACCUGACCUGACUAUGGAAAUCUACCAGGAGAUUACUGGAAAUCCAGAGGAAGGCCUUGUUGUCUCUAUGUCUACUCCAUCUGCAGGACUCAUUGCACUUCAGAUGCAGACUAAGCGUCCAGCACAAGUGAAAGCAAGACUCUAUGGUCGCUACCCGUCUGAGCCAACAACAGACAUUGAUAUCUUGGGUCUGAAGAUGUCUGUGAUGAACUCUGAGAAGCUGAACCUUCAGACAACCUGGAAUAUGGAGAUGCCAUAUGAGAUGAUGCUGAGACUGAAGAAACAGGUGCCUACAGUCAUGGAAAUGGUGUCUGAUCCUGCUGUCAGGAUAUAUAACACAAUCUACAGAUACAUUAGAAGCCUUGAGGGUUCUUUUGAACAGGCUAGAGAGCAGGGUAAAGUGAUGUUCAAGAGGGCUGUUGACAACCUUGCAGCAGUAAAUCCUUCUAGUUUUAUGACAACUGUCACAGAUAAGACAAUUUUGAUCCUCAAAGAGUACCAGAAUAAAGUUGAAAUUGUUCUUGAUGCUGUUGUUAAGUUCCUGAGAGAGACCAAGUUCCAGAUCCCUGGGUAUGAACAAAAGCUGUCUGGGCUUGAGGUCUACCAGAAAUGGAGUGCUUUUGUUGUUGAUGUAUCUGAGGAGGCUGUUCAAAAGAUUCCAGAGUACUUUGCCCCCAUGUUUACAGCAGUACUUGAUUAUUUCCAAGCCAUUGAAUUCACCCUUCCUGGCUCUAACCACAUUGUCAGUGGAAGAGAAAUUCUUGAUGACUUGUUUGUAGCGUUGAGGAAAAUUCAGGACCAAGUGACUGUCACUGUGAGGAAAUUGGGGGAUAUCCAGCUGGAAGAUAUCAUUAACAAAUUAUCUGCAUUUGUGCAGUUUACCACUGAACAAGGUGAGAAGUUUCUCCAAACCCUAAAAUCUCAGAAUGUAGAGAAGCUUGCCACCUUUGUGACUGAUGUAUACAAUGAUGCCAUCAACUCUCCUGUCCUGGCUGAUGUUGCCAAGCAGGUUGAAGAGGCCCGCAGAAUUAUUAUGGAAUAUCUAAACGCUGUGAGAGCUAAACUCCAGAAUAUUUUGGCUGACAUGUCCAGUGAACAGCUUCAAACUGACAUCCAGUCCUGGAUUGACUUAUCGGUAAAACGUGUGAAUGCUUUCCACAACAAUGUAAUUAAGACACUUAAGGAGAAAAGCAAAAGUGUUGAACCAUUUGUGAGAGUAGGUGACAGACAGAUGGAUGUUGACAUUCCUUUACCAUUUGUUGCCAAAUUCAACUAGCUGACCGUGGCUAACAGUGUUUGUAUUGAGUGUAUCUGUUGUGUAACCAUUUAACAGUAUCUAAUCUGUUCUACCAAAAAAUACAAAACUGAAUGCAAACAAAUGUUGUCUGUACCCAUGAUACUUGUCUCUCUACUCUGUUUUUCAAAUUAUUAAUUUUGUUUGUUAUGUCACAGUAGAAUCCCAGUUGUUUUGAUCCUACUGUGCAUACUUUGUGUCUUGUACUAUUUAAAAAAAAAACAAUAUGUGGCCUUCAAUAAAGACAGUUUGUACUGCA